AUGCCGAACUUCUGCGUGGUCCCCAACUGCACGCGGAAGAGCACGCAGUCAGACCUGGCCUUUUUCAUGUUCCCGCGGGAUCCAGCCAGAUGCCAGAAGUGGGUGGAGAAUUGUAGGAGAGCAGACUUAGAAGAUAAAACACCUGAUCAACUAAAUAAACAUUAUCGAUUGUGUGCCAAACACUUUGAGACUUCUAUGAUCUGUAGAACUAUACAUUUUAGUCCUUAUAGGACAGUUCUUCGAGAUAAUGCAAUACCAACAAUAUUUGAUCUUACCAGCCAUUUGAAUAAUCCACACAGUAGACACAGAAAACGAAUAAAAGAAUUGAGUGAAGAUGAAAUCAGGACACUGAAACAGAAAAAAAUUGAUGAAACUUCUGAACAGGACCCAAAACAUAAGGAAAUAAACAACAGCAAUGCUCAGAACCCCAGUGCAGAAAAAGGGGGUGAAGAGCAGGAUGAAGACAUUUUACCUUUAACCCUUGAAGAGAAGGAAAACAAAGAAUACUUAAAAUCUUUAUUUGAAAUUUUGAUUCUUAUGGGAAAACAGAACAUACCUCUGGAUGGACAUGAAGCUGAUGAAAUCCCAGAAGGUCUCUUUACUCCUGAUAACUUUCAAGCACUGCUGGAGUGCCGGAUCAAUUCUGGUGAAGAGGUUCUGAGAAAGCGCUUUGAGAAAACAGCAGUUAACGCAUUGUUCUGUUCAAAAACACAGCAGAAACAGAUGCUAGAGAUCUGUGAGAGCUGCAUUCGGGAAGAAACUCUCAGCGAAGUGAGAGACUCUCACUUCUUUUCCAUCGUCACCGACGAUGUGGUGGACAUAGCAGGGGAAGAGCACCUGCCUGUGUUGGUGAGGUUUGCUGACGAAGCUCACAACCUGAGAGAGGAAUUUGUGGGCUUCCUGCCUUAGGAAGCUGAUGCAGAGAUUUUGGCUGUGAAAUUUCACACUACGAUAACUGAGAAGUGGGGAUUAAACAUGGAGUACUGUCGUGGCCAGGCUUACAUUGUGUCCAGUGGAUUUUCUUCCAAAAUGAAAGUUGUUGCUUCUAGACUUUUAGAGAAAUAUCCCCAAGCUAUCUACACACUCUGCUCUUCCUGUGCCUUAAAUAUGUGGUUGGCAAAAUCAGUGCCUGUUAUGGGAGUAUCUGUCACGUUAGGAACAAUUGAGGAAGUUUGUUCUUUUUUCCAUCGAUCGCCACAACUGCUUUUAGAACUUGACAAUGUAAUUUCUGUCCUAUUUCAGAACAAUGAAGAAAGGGGCAAAGAACUGAAGGAAAUUUGCCAUUCUCAGUGGGCAGGCAGGCAUGAUGCUGUUGAAAUCUUAGUGGACCUCCUACAAGCACUUGUUUUAUGUUUAGAUGGUAUAAAUAGUGACACAAAUGUUAGAUGGAAUGACUGUAUAGUUGGCCGAGCAUUUGUACUCUGUAGUGCAGUAACAGAUUUUGAUUUCAUCGUUACCAUUGUUGUUCUUAAAAAUGUUCUAUCUUUUACAAGAGCCUUUGGGAAAAAUCUUCAGGGGCAAACUUCUGAUGUCUUCUUUGCAGCCAGUAGUUUGACUGCAGUGCUGCAUUCACUAAAUGAAGUGAUGGAAAAUAUCGAAGUUUAUCAUGAAUUUUGGUUUGAGGAAGCCACAAAUUUGGCAGCCAAACUUGAUAUUCAGAUGAAACUCCCAGGGAAAUUUAGCAGAGCUCAGCACAGUAACCUGGAAUCUCAGCUAACCUCUGAGAGUUACUAUAAAGAGACUCUAAGUGUUCCAACAGUGUAACACAUUAUUCAGGAACUGAAAGAUAUAUUCUCAGAACAACACCUCAAAGCUCUUAAAUGCUUAUCUCUGGUACCCUCUGUCAUGGGACAGCUUAAAUUCAAUACAUCAGAGGAGCAUCAUGCUGACAUGUACAGAAGUGAUUUACCUAAUCCUGACAUACUCUCUGCUGAGCUGCAUUGUUGGAGAAUCAAGUGGAAACACAGAGGGAAAGAUAUAGAACUUCCAUCCACUAUUUAUGAAGCCCUUCAUCUGCCAGACAUCAAGUUUUUUCCUAAUGUUUAUGCAUUGCUGAAGGUCCUGUGUAUUCUUCCUGUGAUGAAGGUUGAGAAUGAAUGCUAUGAAAAUGGAUGAAAGCGUCUCAAAGCAUACCUGAGGAACACUUUGACAGACCAAAGGUCAAGUAACUUGGCUUUGCUUAACAUAAAUUUUGAUAUAAAACACGAUUUGGAUUUAAUGGUGGAUACAUAUAUCAAACUCUAUACAAGUAAGUCAGAGCUUCCUACAGAUAAUUCAGAAACCAUUGAAAAUACCUAAGAGACUUUUAAAA